UCCCUCCCUCUCCUUCCCUCUUUGACCACCCCAAAUACCUUUUUCUUUUUUCCAAUUUAUUCUCCAAAUCGGUGUUGUUAUUUCCAUAAAAACAUUUAUUUUAUUCUUCCCCUUUCCCCCUAUCAAUUACCGAUCAUGCAUACGUCCAUCAUCGGCGAUUGUCGCGCAUCAACCGGCCGGCGCGAGUCAUUCAGUCAUCCCUCACUUGCGCUCAUUUUUAACUCUUUCCCCUUCAAGUCAGUCUUUUCUUUCAUUUAUUUCCACGUUUUUAAACUGAAACAAGCCUUGUAUUCGUGUGAUAUUGAAACAUUAAAUUUUAUUUAA